ACAGUCAGUCCCAGCAAAAAUAGUUACCCUCAGAAUCAAGCUGGAGGACGUUGUAUAUUACAAAUUUCAUGUUCACUGAACAAAUCUGAAACUGGUUUGAAGUUCAUCAGACAUUUAAAGAUGGAGCCCGGAGGAGGUAACGCCAGCGAUGACAUCGAUGCCAUGUUCAGCAAUCUCCUGGGAGAGAUGGACUUGCUGACACAGAGUCUGGGGGUGGAUGAUAAUCCACCUGAACCCACUAAACCCAAUCAGAACACAGAGUUCAACUUCUCCAUUGGCUUUACGGAUGUAAAUGAGUCUCUCAAAUCACUGGAAGAAACCGACUUUGAUGCUUUAAUGGCAGACUUGAUGCAGGGGAUCGAUGAGGCAGAGAAAGCCACUGCCAUUAAAACUGAACCUUCACCAGCACUAGCCGUGACACCAAAUAUUCCAAAUUCCCAUUCAAAAGGACCGCCAAAGCCACCAGUCAGACACACUGAGCCAUCUAGUCAUGAUUUACCACCACCCCCUGUGGACUUCUUUCCCCCAGCCCCUUCUGUUUCUCUGCCUGAUCCAUUGCCACCCCCUCCAGAACCUUCAGAGCCAUUAACAGAGGAAGAACAAAAGGCCAAGGAAAAAAAUGACAAGAUUAAACUGGCUUUGGAAAAGUUGAAAGAAGCAAAGGUUAAAAAGCUAGUUGUCAAGGUCCUCAUGAACGACAGCAGUAGUAAAACACUGAUGGUUGACGAAAGGCAGACCGUGCGAGAGGUUCUGGACAGCUUGUUUGAGAAGUCUCACUGUAACUGCAGCGUGGAGUGGUGCCUGUAUGAAAAUAAUCCUGAGCUACAGAUCGAGAGAUUUCUUGAAGACCAUGAGAAUCUGGUGGAAACUUUGUCCCACUGGAUGCGUGACAGUGAAAACAAACUUAUGUUUGUUGAAAGACAAGAGAAGUAUGCUGUCUUUAAAAAUCCACAGAAUUUCUACAUUGCAAAGAAGAAAACAGAAGGAAAAAAUAUGAAAGAGAAAAAUAAGGAGGCUUUACUGGAGGAAUGCUUUUGUGGAACGUCUGUCAUUAUACCAGAGCUAGAAGGAGCCCUUUAUGUAAGAGAAGAUGGAAAAAAAUCAUGGAAGCGGCGGUACUUUCUCCUGCGUGCAUCUGGGAUUUAUUAUGUUCCUAAAGGAAAAACUAAGACAUCUUGUGAUCUGGUUUGUUUCAUCCAGUUUGAGAAUGUCAAUAUUUACUACGGAAUGAAUUAUAAAGCAAAAUACAAAGCACCGACCGACUAUUGCUUUGUACUAAAGCACCCUCAGAUACAGAAGGACUCACAAUACAUCAAGUACCUGUGCUGCGACAAUGCUUGGACUCUACAGCAGUGGGUAACCGGGAUACGAAUAGGCAAGUACAAUAAGACAUUGUAUGACAAUUACAAAGUGGCAUUGCAAAAGGCUGGCCUGGCAUCACGAUGGGCGAAUUUAUCGAACACAGAGUCAAUCAAUACAACCACCACCAAUCCAGCAGCUCCUCAAGCAAAUGGACAUGCAGGACGAGCCCAGCAAUCAAUGAAUCCACCUCAAGCUCUGUAUAAUGAAGAGGAGAAGACAGCCAAAGACACUGACAACUUCCUCCCACCACCGCCUACUCAAGUAAUGUAUCAGGAGUCGGCUAAUUUUGAAGAUGAGGAGCUCCCACCUCCUCCUCCUCCAAGCUUUGAACCUCCUCCUCCAUGCUUUGACCUUCCUCCCCCACCUGUCCAAAGUCCUGGACCCACAACAGUGCCAGCUAAGCCAAAGCUCUUCUCAGGACCUCCUCCAACACCUGUCCGGCAUUCUGCAUCUGCUGCACCGUCAGCAGCGCCACCUCCAACCUUAAUCAAGCGGAAGAAUUCAGCCACAAGAAAUCAACCAAAAACAAAUGCUCUCUUUCAGGAUUUACCACCACCCCCACCAGAUCCACAGAAUUUUACAGAGCCGCCACCUGAUUUUCUGCCUCCGCCUCCUCCCUGCAGUAACAGCUCUUCAAAUGGAGGACCACCACCUCCUCCUCCUCCUCCUCCUCCUCCACCACCAUCUCAAACCAACAAUGCUCCCAAAAUAGUCAUCCCGCCGAAGAGGAGUGAGAAUAGCAUGAUCAAUCCUAGACCUCCUCCUGCAUCAGACAAGCCAGAUCUUAUGUCAGAUCUCAUGAAAGUCCUACAGAAGAAAAGAGCUGCACAGAAUGAAUAAGUACAAUCAGUUUCAGAUCAAAGCUUUGUGUCCAUACUCGACCAUUUACUAAAAUGUUUUACAUAAUACUUUAAGAGAGAGGACUGAAAUUCCAGCAGAUGAUAAAUGAGAUAUGGUAAGGCUCCCUUUUCAAAUUCACUAAUUGAUUUAGCUAAAUUCAAAAUGGUCCAACAUUGAAAUUGUUGUUGAUAUAUUGUACGAUUGAAAUUGUUGUUGAUAUAUGAUCGCCAGUUUAGAAAGAUGUGACACACGAAGGACUUGCACAUCUAAAGGAUAUAACUUGGGUGUAAUCAAAUUAUUAUUGCUUACCCACGCUACGAUUUGUGGUCAAACAGCUCAUGGAGUACUGUACACUCAAGCUCAUACAAUGAAGAAUGUGUAUUGGUACCUUCAUUAAAAGGACUUCACAAACCCACCAAAUACAUUCUUCUUCAUUUUUAAUAUACCAGAACAAAGAAGUUGAUUAACCUGGUAAAAACGGCUCUCCGGAUUUUAAUCUUCCUCAAUUUCAUGCCUUUCUGGUUAACGUAAAGGUCCGUUGAAAAUCAGAAGUUUGUGUUUGUAAAUCUGAACUAUGACAUUGGGGGCAUUGAGAGAUGAAGCAAUGUUCAGUACUGGCUGACACCUGCAUGCUUAGGUUAGGCCUGCACUGUUUCAUUAUUGGCCAAUGGUUUAUUGUGUAAGUUGAACCAUAGGAAGGAAAAUAUAGUUUUGAAUUUAACUAACACACAACCAGCCCCACUGUUUUGUUUGUGAUUAUUGUGCAUAAACUCUUAUUCAUUGUAAAUUUCUAUUUACAUCAGUGCCUGCUAUAAACAUGACUUUAUGCGGCUUUUCUUUAAACAGAACUAUAUUAUGUCUUUGUUCUAUUGUUAUUAAAAUCAUAUA